CUACAACUAUUUACUCUUUGUAGCUAUAGCUACUAGCUCCAUGGAGGUGCAAAGUGUUCUACACAUGAACAGUGGAGUUGAUGACAUGAGCUAUGCCAAAAAUUCUACCAUCCAAAAGAUCAUACUAAAUUCGACGAACACCGCGAGACAGGAGGCAGCCGUCAGCUCGUUGCAAGCGACGGGUUUCCCUACGCAGAUGACCGUCGCCGACCUAGGCUGCUCAGUAGGUCCGAAUGCACUACAGAUGGCCUCCGAAAUCGUGGAGGCGAUCGCACAAGCGAGCCGUCAGUUCAACCGCAGGCCACCGGAGAUCCAAGUCUUCCUCAACGACCUCCCGGGAAACGACUUCAACACCAUGUUUGACUUGCUGCCUGAGUUUUACAGGCUUAGAGAAGUGAAGUUACAAGAGAGUGAGCAGCAAAAAGUGCACUGCUUCAUAUCAGUGGUUGCUGGAUCUUUCUAUGGGAGGUUGUUUCUGAGCAAGAGCUUGCAUUUUGUGUACUCUUCCUCCAGCCUUCAUUGGCUCUCCCAGGUGCCUCAAAUGUUACUAGAUGAUGGGAGCGAAGUUCCCCUCAACAACAAGGGAAAGAUCUACAUAUCAAGCACUAGCCCACCAUGUGUGUUGGAAGCAUACAAGAAGCAAUUCAAGAGGGACUUCUCCUUGUUCCUCGAGUGCAGGGGGGAAGAGGUGGUGGGGGGUGGCCACAUGGUGUUGACAUUCAUGGGGAGGAGAAGCUCCAAUCCCUCACCCCUGAUUGAUUGCUACAUGUGGGAGCUCCUGGCAAAAGCACUUAUGGACAUGGUCUCAAUGGGUCUAAUUGAAGAGGAAAAAGUGGAGUCAUUCAAUGCUCCCUACUAUGCACCAUCUGUGGAGGAGGUGAAGGAUGAGGUCACAAUCCAAGGCUCAUUUUCCAUCAGCAGAAUUGAGAUCUUUGAAGUAAAUUGGGAUGACAAUUCCCAAGAAGCCCCUCAAAGUGGCCAUAAUUCCAACCCCACCCAAAUGAGAAAUGGUACCAUCCCCCAUCAAGUGGCCAAAAGUGCUCAAACAAUGGCCAAGGGGAAUAGAGCUGUUGUUGAAUCCAUGCUCAAAAGCCAUUUUGGAGAAGCCAUUAUUGAGGACCUGUUUAAGAGAUACUGCUUCUUGCUUGAGCAGUUCUAUUAUAAGAACAAGGCUGAAUUGACCAAUAUACUUAUUGUUCUUGUGAAAAAUUAAGUAUAUAUAGAAAUUUUCUUUUGUUAUAAUAAGUUUGAUGAACACUCCAUGUUGUACUUUAAAUAGAAAGAUAUAAAACAUGCAUAUAUAUACAUAAAAUUAAUGCUGGAUUAAUUAGUUCUUGCUUAGUUGAGGAGUUUUCCUUUUUCUUC